CUAGCUUAUAAUAAUAAACAGGUAACGCACCCUGUAUUACACUUUCUAUGCGUUCCAAGUUAAGCGAUUUUAAACUUUUUUUACUAAAUGACAAAUCAGUCACAAUUUUUGUUUCAUUUAAAAAAUUCUAAUUCAUAAACGAUAUUUUUUUUCGUUAGUUUAAGGAAAUAAAAGCAAAACUAAAAAUUCAAUUUACUUUAAAUAGAAAGCGAGUAAAAAAGUUGAAAACUUGAUCGAAACGCCGACAAAAUUUGAUCAACAAUAAAGCCUUUAGUCGAAUAAAAAAAUUCCAGUUCUGUGAUGGACAUGAUAAUCGAGCAUAUUUUGAAUUUCCUGCAAUUCGAUGUGAGUAGCAUUUUCGGGAAAGGUAGUGAGUGUGGGCUCUGUUGCAUGAGCUUUUCCACGCCGCAUUUCAGCGAGUCUGCCGAGCGGUGCAUUGCAAAUGUCUACGAGCCACGUCCACAAAUCACAAAUGGCGACGAAAUGAUGGAGUGUGACGACGAGGAUAGCUUGGAUGAGAACGAUCUACAAUUGGAGGCAUUCUGCCGAGAGCUAGAGCAAGUGGAAGAAGAAGAGGAGGAGACGGAUACUCAGGGCUGCGACACUAACUCGAGCCCGCUGCAAGAGAGUAGCAACGAAAGUUUGACAGAGAGUGACUGCCUGUUGGAUAAUUUUAAGAAUGAGCAAUGGUGUACGGAGAACGAUGAAAACUCGAUGGAGGCUGAAGACGAGUGCACCUGUGAGCUGGUAUGCAAGCAGGUGGUGUCAAAAAUAGCCGAUAAAUGUUCCUCAUCGACAAUGCUGGAAUUGCGAAGUAUUGAGGAGCGAGCCAAUAAAUUGUGGGAAGCGCUAAACGCGAAUGUGCGCAACAAUACGUGCUCGAAAAUGCCCAACUGGUGGGAUCUGAAGACUUGGCAGAAGCUGCCAUUCUACUGGGCAGCAUUGUCCAAUGACAUACUCUGCGAGGACCCCUUCGAGAAUUUCAAGCGCUUUUACAUGGGCAGCAAGAAGUCCAACAAACGCAGCGCCAAGCGUCAGAUGGAGCGCAUGCUCAUUCUAUGGCACCGACUGUGCCCCAAGCAGCGCUUGCCAUUCAUCAUGGAGGCUUUCAUCAGCAAGGUGGGUGCUGGGAAGGUAAACAUCAGCGAUGAGCACGAAAUUCAACGUAUCAUCUGUGAGCUGCAGAACAAAUGAGCAGUGAGACACCUCUUCCUCCUCCUCUUUACUGUAUAUGUUUGUGUAGCGCUCUAUGUGUAUGUGUGUGUAUGUUGUCCAAAUAUUUUAAUUUAAAUCGAAGAAGUGCAUGCGGGUAUUCUAAAUAAAUAUGUGCAUUUAUGUGAUGUGUAGAAAUAAAGCGAGUAUUUUUUUUUUUUAUAAA